UAUUAAAAUUAAAAAGCCAGGCGAAUCGGUUUUUAGGGACUAUCGCUACCUAUUUGUUUUAUUUCGAUUUUGAACAUUUGCUAUAAACACGAAAUUGUUGUGUAAAUUGUAGUCGAUAUAAAAAUUGUAUUGUUUAUAUUUAUAGCUUUGCGGGGUAUUGUUAUUUCAGUCCGAAGUUUGGGAAGGUGUAAGUUUUGUCACAAUAUCAGCGAACCUUGGAAAAUUUUGUCAAGGUAAUAAAAGUUAUUAAAAGAAUUUGCCUCCAAGCUGAGUAACUUCCAAGCCAGGCUAACCUCAUAGAUAAAUUACUUUUCAGCCCGAAUUUAUAUUUUAUAUAAUGUAUUUUGAUUUAUAUUAUAAAUGAUUAAGCAUCGCCCUCUCGGCGUCGUUGCCUCCCUGCUUAGUAUCUUCAAUCGCCAAAAACACAGCCUGGGUUCUUCAGACAUCCAAGAUUUACCUGAAGUAAUUGGCUGUAAGUUCCUUUACUUUGGUUUUGGAAGCAACAUGCUGGCCCAUCGGAUACACAUUCAAAACCCAACGGCUAUGAGAUUAGGACCCGCUAGACUCCCCGGCUACCGCCUGGACUUUGCCUCGUUUUCAAGCCGCUGGGAGGGCGCAGUGGCCACCAUUGUACCCACUCAGAGAGACGAGGUAUGGGGCAGCCUCUGGGAGAUCGAUCUUAGCAAGUUGCCAGACAUGGAUAACCAGUUGGGUUUUGUACGGGGCCUCUACAAGCCUCAAACUGUCUACGUGAAAUUGAGAGACGAGUCUAAGGAUACUCCAGCCCGGGCUUACCUGCAGGUCCAGCAGCCAGAGAGUAAUCUGUAUGAACUUUCUUGGGAUCUGAUUCCAGAAACCCGUCAGCCCUCGAAGACCUAUCUUCAGUGCCUGGUGCGGGGGGCCAUCGAGAGCUGCAUACCCGAGGAAUAUGUCCAGCGAUUGAGGAGCAUCAGGCAUAAUGGUCGCAUAGCUGCCGAAAAGGAGAAAGAGCUGGAACUGCAGGACUUUCAGCUGUAAAUUAACUGAAUUAAUAAAAAUAAAUAGAUUAAGCUUUAAAAAUAAUAAAGUAA